CCCAACAUAGUGACCAGUAUGCAUUAAAUACUUUCAUGUGUUGAUUAGCGGCGACUUCAUAUAAAAACGCAGUCUGCGUUUAAUGCUGCUAGAUCAACAGGCAAACAAAGAUUGCUGUAAGGGCAAGGGCUGCUGUAAAAGUGCGAAAAGUGAUUGAGGCAGAUAUUAUAAUGAAAUAUGUAAAAAAAAAAAAUGUUUGGGGAGAUAUAAUGUGCAAGGAGCAGGAGGCAGAGAUUCGUAAAUUCAUUGAUGGCUGCAACGUAGCGAAUUUUAGGAAAACGUACUCCUGUUACUCUUGUUGCUGCUACAGCCGCUGUUUGCUGUUGUUCCAGCGUAAUAUUUGUACACCACUUGAGCCGCUGCACUUAACUAUGCCUAACACUUCGAUUUUAUUUCUCGAGCCCUCUGAGAAAAGCAAUCAAAGUGUUAAGCUCUUGUAAAUUUACUAUUCGUGUUCGCAUCCUAUAAAUGAAAAUGUUGCUGGUAAUUAACGUUGAAGUUGCAGCGUCAAUUCAGUUUUAUUAAAUGAAUUUCGUAAACAAAAUGUCCGGAGCAAGUACAUCUUAAGCAUACUUGAUGUGUAACGGAACCAAUCAUGUACUUUGACGGUUUGAUUGUGUACGCGCAGCAGUUGGAGCGGUGUACGGAUAGAAUAUAUUAAAUACCUGCGAUUUAGACCCAAGUUCAGCGAAAUCUCAAAUAUGGUGCAUAUGUUUGAAGGCAGUGCAGUAUAUGUAGAGCGGAAGUUUGGCAGUUAAUGCUGUAGCGAAAAUUACUGUUGCAACUACCUGUAACUGGUGGCUGUUUGUUGCUGCUAUUCGCUGUUAUUCGCUUCAGUACGCUUCUUCGUACGAUAUUCGACUUCAUUUGGGUGGUAGUUAGUUGGUGGUCCGGCGUUUCGAGUUCUGAAUUGUUGCUGUUCCUACGAAAGAUUUUGUUUCUCCAAGUUUGCAGCACAGGUAAACCAGUUAAUAUUUGGCAAUUUGCUGAUGUCCGACAUGCAUUUCGUGGGAUGUGAUGCUAAGUACAUUAGGAAAAGAAUCUGGCGAUGAUACUGCAGGUAGGUAAUUGCGAUUAUCUGUACUAAUUACAUAUUGUUACAGACCAACAUCUAGAUAUUCUAUAAAUUUUAAUAAAUAAACAUGCAAAGCAUGAUAUAAAGAUCGAAGUUUUUUUUUCUUACUAAACGAAAGGUUGCAGUUGCUUGAAUCACAGGAUCACGAAUUUCUGAACUUUGUUGUUGGUGUGGUUGUUUGCGAAACUAUUAUUUUCAAAUGCUUGUUUUGUAUGUAAAAUAGUAACAUUUGUCGUGACUAUUUAUUUCUAUUUCCAUGGUACUGUUGCCAUGAAUUCUUCGAUUAAAUUUCAAGUAGGCGGGGCGUUAUAUACCAUUUGCAUCAUUCAAAACAAAAACGUUUGCGUUUUUAUAUUCGGUAAACUAUUUUUUUCCUAAACAAAUUCGAAAAGCUUAAGAAAUGAAUUGUAAGAGUAACAAAAUGGCAAAAGUAAAAAUACGCGUCCGAAAUGUCUGGUAUGAACCUGACUUAAGUACUGAGGGUAUUUACCUUUGCCCAAUGCCCCAACCACCUCAAGCGCCAGCUGGUGCAUUGUGGUUUACAAAUUUGAAACCAUACGAACGGCUUUUCUACCAUCAGACAUUAAAUUCUGUACGGAAAAGUAAACGUUUUCUUGCCACACCCGAGAUACCCAGCGACUCUUUGGAUUUCCAGUUACAAUCACGGUAUGAUCACUCCAGUGAAAUAUUUCCAGAGCGUGUAGAUACACUAUUGCAAAGAGAAACUUGUGCUUGUGAAAGAACCGAUGAUACAUCACAUGGCACAGUGGAAUUGAGUUCAUUUCGAGUACUUAAAAAUGUGAAGACGGUGCAGUUACCCGCCGGUGAUAAUCAAGAUCACCCACUAAAAAUUGGUGGAAUUAAAGAGAAAAUUUCACCACAUAGCGUUAAAUUGAUCAAUAGUGGUGUACACAAUCAACUGGUAAACAACGGGUUUUCGCGACAAACUGGGGACGGAAAUUUUUUCCGAUAUUAAAGAGGAUUAUCAUUGGCUUGUUCCAUGCAGUUUUGAAAAAUAUGUUUUUUUUGUUAAGAUAUAUACUUAAUAGUUCCAAAGCUUAUCUAAUAAAAUUUUGUCAUGUUGAAAAUCAAA